GCAUUUUUUAUUAAUUAUCUUGUCAUUCACAGAUCCUGGCUGACCUAGAAAACCAUGCACUUUUUAAGGAUGACUUAGAAUGCCAGAAACUUAUUCUGGAAGCCAUGAAAUAUCACCUUUUACCAGAGAGAAGAACUCUCAUGCAAAGUCCAAGAACUAAACCUAGAAAAUCUACAGUUGGGACACUUUAUGCUGUUGGAGGAAUGGAUAACAACAAAGGAGUUGAUGCUGAGACCCCACUGGCCCCUGCAGCUGCCACCACGAGCCACGUCAUCCACACCCAACCUGGCUUCAGCAGGUGCUACAACUAUUGAAAAGUACGAUCUCAGAACAAAUAUAUGGAUCCAGGCUGGAGUGAUGAAUGGGAGGAGGCUUCAAUUUGGUGUUGCUGUCAUUGAUGACAAGUUGUUUGUCAUUGGAGGCCGUGAUGGUUUAAAGACAUUGAACACUGUUGAAUGUUACAAUCCAAAGACAAAGGCUUGGACUGUAUUACCACCAAUGUCAACACAUAGGCAUGGUUUAGGUAAGGAAAAAAAAAAAAAAGUUUUAAAAAUCUAAAACAUUUUUUCAGAUAAGUGAAUGAUAAUGCAAAAUUUAGGUUUCUACAGCUAUCGUAUCACAUUCAUCAGUAUUAAUAAAGAUUUACAUUGUGCUUGUUAGAUCACUAAGAAUAGAAAGAAGAUUAAGACACUUUUCUAUGAUUUAAUGAUGUAUGAAUAUUUAAGAAAAGACAAGACAGGGAAAGAAACUGAAACUUUAAAAGAUUGGUGAGAACAUUCAGGUUUGUUUUCAAAGCAUUUGAAAUAAGAGAUAUCUUUAUUUAUCAAAUAAUCAGAAGAUUAUUUAGUUUCACAGAAUCACAGAAUGCCCAGGGUUGGAAGGAUCAUGAAUCUCCAACACCCCUGCCAUAUGCAGGGCCACCAACCUCCACAUUUAGUACAAGACCAGGCUGCCCAGGGCCCCAUCCAAUCAGGCCUUGAAGAGCUCUAGGGACAGGGGAUCUCACAACCGCUUGGGCAGCCUGUUCCAGCACCUCACCACUCUCUCUGUAAAGAACUUCCCGCUGACAUCAAACCUAAGUCUUCCCUCCUUCAACUUAAAACCAUUUCCUCUAGUACUGCAGUUAACUACCCUUUCAAAGAGUUGAUUCC